AUGCGGCGUCUAUUUAUCUGCGCUGCGUCGCUGUCGCUUCGCGGACGCAUGGGGCAUCGUGUGGCCGCCUUCACCACGACGGGGGUGGGGUUUCAGAGGCGAGGGCCGCCGCAAGGGGGCUCCAGGCCGGCCUGGGAUCAAUCGCGGCCGCGUCAGGAGGGCCGGGCUGCGCGCGGCAGCGCGGCGCCGACAUCCUUUCCUUCACGACAGCGCUUCGGUGGCAGUAGCGGACCCGAGCGCUCGUAUUGUGAGGAAGGCGAGCGUAGCACGAGGGACCCGAGUUAUGGAGGCCGCAACGUGGGUCCCCCCAACUCCCUCGCCCAGGACGUUCAGAUUCUUCUCGAUCUUAAGCGACAAUACAAAAAGGCGAAGUCAUCAAAGGAGCGCAGAGGGUUUUUGUAUGAAGCACGCCGCGUGCUUCGACAAGCAUCGAUUGAUCCUUCUACUCAGGAUGAGAAAUCUGUGGUGCUAUUGUUAAACAGUGCCGUAACAUUUGACUUCAAUAUGUCAGAAAAUAUCAAACAAGCAGUACAGUGGAUGCGUGAAAACCUCAGCGGUCUUUCUGCACAGAAUGUUGCACUAUUCUCAAAUGCUGUUGGUUCUCUUGAUAUCCAGGACGCUAAAACGAUAUUAUGCGAUGAAAUCGUUCCGGUUAUAAAGUCCCACCUAGAGGAUAUGACUCCUGUGGAAAUAGUCAUGAUUCUUCAAGCCUUCCGACGACUCCGCAUUGAGGAUAACAAGGAGUUGCAGAAUGACUUAGUGUUACUGCUCGAGCCGUGCAUUGAUGCGAUGCAUAUUUCAGAGCUCUCCACAUUAGCGACCGUGUUAGCUUGGCACCCGCUAAAGAAAAUGGACGAAGCUCAGUGGCGUGCUAUGGUGGAGCACAUUAUGAAGAAGGUACUGACUGAUGUUGAUCGGAUCCAUUCCAAGGAGGCAAUUACAUUUUUAACGGUCUCCACCUUGCUUCUGGUCGAGCAAGAUCACCUGGUGAAGCUUCUUCGUCGAGUGACCGCCACCUCUGGCUUUCAUACCGAUGAGCAGGUUGGGGAGCUCUUCCACGCGCUGGUGAGAAUUCGAAAAUACGUCGAAAGUCCCCAGGAGGACCUUAUUCACGCGUGUGGGGAGCUUCAGAAGGCUUUGCUGGAACGCCUUGAGCGCGUAGCGCAAUUCGCUAGCAUGAAAUCCGCGACCGACAUUUGGAUAUUUUCCAGUUUAUGUGGUGUUGAGCUACCAGCAACUGUUCAGACACAGAUACUGGAGAGUGUGGAGAAUCAUUUCCGGUAUCAUCAGCCACGUUUUGUAUCUCUUUGUAAGUUUGUCAAGGCAGCUGAAUCACAAAGGUUACCUUCUACUGAAUUAUUUAAUCAAAUCAGUGAUUUUUGUAUCGGAAAGCGACCACUUCGUCCUAACCAUGAAGAUCCGCAUCCACCAAGCAGUGAUGUAGACGAUUCUGGCAUUUCCACACAGGCUUUUCUUUUCACACGUUUUUUCGCAGACUUGGCAUCUUUGCGUUUUUACCUGGAGAACGUAUUUGCCGCAAAUGGUUCCCCCGCACCGACGAGCCUCACAACGACGCUACCACAGGAGUUGCUUGCACACGUAGGGGAGGCCUCGCCGAAACAGAUCUUGUUGGUGGUGAAGCGUAUUGCGCUUGCCCAGGAUAAUGAGUUGCGGAACACAAGAAAUGAUGAGGCGCUGUUGACUUCUAUUGAGGCUCGUAUGAAGAAGGAGGGGGCUGAUUUCAUUCGGGAUAUCUCGCCCGUCUUUCUGGAAAAAGUCGCAGCGACCAUCAUCGACAAUCCAAAGACUCAGAAUAUAGCAAGACUUCUUCCCAAAGAGAAUUAA